CUUUCGUCGAGCGUAUGGCGCGUGUCCGUCUCUUACCUUUGGAGGAAGCUUGGACGGAGGCCGAAUGGAAAGGACAUAAUGAGAAUCGCAGAAAGAAAUUCCUGCUCCCCCGCCCCGAAGAGGGGGACAUCGAGUAUUCUUUGUGGGACCUGCUGCGCGCGCGCAACCAACUUGCAGGGAACUCUCCAUCACCACUACAUAGAACGAAUCAGCCUUCAACACAGAAUACGCCAAAGGAGACUUUGGUGGCGGAGAUGUGGCGGAAUCAUAUGAACGGAGAGGAGGAUGCGGCAAUGGAGGCUUUGGUGGCGGAGAUGUGGCGGAAUCAUAUGAAAGGAGAGGAGGAUCGCGAAAUUUCCCUGAAAGUCAACGGGCAACUCAGGUUCAGGCCGCCGCCGGGUCUUUAAGGUCUCGAAUUCUAUGGAUGAAUCUAUAGAUUAAGCGCGAAAAAUGAAUGGGGCAGUGCAUGACGACUUCUAUGGUUGCAUAAGUAGCCACGUUUUGUGCCCUUCUUUGUUGUAGCGGUUGUGAUUGAAGGGUCGUGAUUGAAGUAGAUGAUUAUGCAUUUGAAUUAAGACCAUUACUUACAACACCAUGUUCUUCAAGUAGGGAUAUUUACUAUAUUCCAUAUAUCUGGAGAGAAAGACGCCUCCUGAGGUGUAAGUAUAAGAAGAAGAAGUACCGAAGAGAAAAGUAGAGAGCAAGAUUAGGAGGAAAUUAUUCGACAUUCCUCGUGUAGUUGCAUCAGAGUUAUUGACCGUAUUUCGGUUAGUGUGGAAGCAGCAUAGAAUGAUCGACCGUAUUCGCGAAGUUGUUGAAUUAGCUGGCCCUGCUUAAAAGUCCGUCAAGUAUUAACAGUUACCGAGUAUAAGAGCAAGCAAAAUACUUACGCAAAAUGCUUACUCAGCUGCAAAAAAAAAUGAGUCAUGCAUUUGAAUAUGAAUGCCAAUGUUACAUCAGAUACGUAUGAAAACCAAUGGUGGAUCCUGGGCUGUAAGCUUUGGGAGUUCUCA